AUGGUGAGAGACAAACAGCAUGGACCAGUAGUGGAACUUAACAGGCUACAGGUAUGGGAGUGUACACAUAUUAUUAGAGAGAGUGUAGAUGACUGUGGAGGGGGGUAUAGUGAGUCUGUGGCUGAGAUGUGUGAUGAGUUACAGAACGGAUCCCUCCCCCUCCUCAUCGUCACCUCCAACGGACGGGGAGAGUCCGGGGCUAACAGGGACUGCUUUAUCUUCAAUCCCAUGGCCAAAUCUCCAGUGCAUGUCAACAUGUUUAAAUUCUCAGGUGUGUUAUUUGGCAUAGCCAUUAGAAGUGGCAGUCCCCUGAGUCUGAACAUUGCGGAGCCUGUGUGGAAACAGGUGGCUGGGAUGCCCCUCAGUAUAUCAGACCUGGCAGAGAUUGACAAAGACUGUGUUCCAGGUCUGAUAUGCAUAAAAGAUCUGACAGAUGAGAAACUCCAGGCCGUAGAGAUGCCCUUCAAUAUCCCCAGCUCUUCUGGUCAGGAGGUACAAUUGUCAGCCAAAUACAGCAAGAUAACUCCUGCAAAUAAAGUGGAGUACAUCAAACAGGCCAUUAAUUACAGGUAA